AUGGGAAACUCCCAGGGGAAGCCUGUCUCUUGCAAUGAUGCAGUCAAUCUGAAUCACUUCCGCCUCCUUCGUGUGGUUGGAAAAGGUGCAUUUGGUAAAGUCCGUAUCGUCGAAAGGAAGGAUACAGGCCUCACAUUUGCGCUGAAAUACAUUCGAAAGGAAGAGGUUGUUCGUUCGGAGAGUGUACGCAAUAUAAUUCGUGAACGCCGAAUGCUCGAACAUCUUAAUCAUCCAUUCCUGUGUAAUUUGAGAUACAGUUUCCAGGAUAUGGAAUAUAUCUACAUUGUUGUUGAUCUUAUGAAUGGCGGUGAUCUUCGGUUCCAUAUAUCCCGCAAAUGCUUCACGGAGGAAGCAGUUCGUUUUUGGAUGGCUGAACUUGGCUGUGCUUUGAAGUAUAUUCAUUCGCAGGGCAUCAUUCAUCGGGAUCUUAAGCCGGAUAAUGUAUUGUUGGAUUCAGAAGGACAUGUUCACUUGGCUGAUUUUAACGUGGCAUCGGAUUUCCGACCGGGGAAGCCUCUGACGAGCAAGUCGGGGACAUUAGCUUAUUUGGCCCCCGAGGUGUACGAAGGAGGUGGAUAUUUCUUUGAAGUCGACUGGUGGUCGCUGGGUGUCACAUUCUACGAGUGCAUCUACAACAAGCGUCCAUUUGAAGGCCGUAGCCAGGACACCUUGAGCGAGAACAUCAAAAGGGCACAACCCAAGUACUUUGUCACAAAUCCCGCAGUAUCAGUUCCUUGCCUGCGAGCUCUAGGGGCAUUGAUGGAGCGCGACCGAAGCCGUCGAAUUGGCGCCGUUAGCUGGGAGAGCUUCAUUUCACAUCAAUUCUUCGCAGAUAUCGACUUCGAGGCUCUUGAGCGCAAAGAGAUUCCCCCCGUUUUCCUACCAUCCAGCGACAAGACGAAUUUCGAUGCAACAUACGAUCUCGAGGAGCUGUUAUUAGAGGAGGCGCCUCUAGAGGCUCGGGCCCGUCGACAGAAGCCACGUGCAGAACUACGUGAAGAUGCUACAGCUAAGGAAAUUCGAGAAGAUGAGCUCCAUCGCCUGAUUGAAACUAUGUUCGAGCCUUUCGACUACACCACCGUCAGUUUCCAAGUCAGUGCCGCAGAGGCCAUUGCCGCGUCAACAAACCCCGAGGACUGCCUCCCUAAUGGUGCUAAUGCCAGUACCGCCACCCCCAUCGUUACUCAUUCUCAUUCUUCCCAUUCUCGCCAGCCUUCGCAACCUGAGUCGAUUAUUCGCAAUUCGCCUUUAGUUGAAGGUUCCAUACAUCGAGUUCCUCCAAAUGAAGGGACACCAACAGUUCUCAGCGAAAAUCUCGAUCCAAAUGACUCCGCAUCGAUCGGUCAACCUCCUUCUCCCUCCACUCGCGCGUCUACCUCUCCUCCGCCUCAUCCUCCCUCCUUCCAUCGCCCACUACCCCCUGUACCUCGACAGCGUGGCGCCACCCGCAAACCGAGCAAAGGGGGAGGCGUCCAAAUGGUCCUAGAAGAAGCUGGCAGUUGGAGUGAACUCGCCAAUCACAGCCAUACUCUUCCUGCAGAAGGCCUUGAGGGUGACAGCAGUAAAGGAAAGGGCUCUAACAGCGGAAUGCUCUCAUUCCUCAGUCGCAAAAAGGGCCGUGAUCGUAGCCCCAAGCCCACAGAACCAGGUGUCCUGGGCAAAGAGGGAGCUCGGCAAAUCAUUAGCUCAGGCUAG